AUGUCUAAGUCUAAGAACCACACAAACCACAACCAGAACUACAAGGCCCACCGUAACGGUAUCAAGAAGGUCAAGUUUGACAGAUCUUUGCGUUUGAAGAACAUCGAUCCUAAGUUCAGAAGAAACCUGAAGUUUUCUCAGGUUGGUAACCGUAAGGCCGCCGCUGCUAAGACUGCUUAG